AUGAACGCGGACCGCGCAGCAAUUACCGAUGUCCAGAACCAACUCAACAACCAAUUUUUGCCCGCCGUCAAAUCGAUGGGCGCGGCAGGCGCUGAGUUAUUGAGGGCAUUUCAAGCGUUGCAACGAAGCACAGACGCCUACUGUACAAGCUUGGCCCAGUUGGCGCGCUCGGCGAAAGGCGCAAGCCCUGCGGCUGAGAACUAUGGGAAGCAACUUCUCGAAACGAGCAAGCAGUUCCGGGACACUAUGCAACACCAUGAACGAAGUGUGGCCAAUUUCUCAGUGUUCGCGAACAAAACUAACCGCUUCUCCACCGGCGAGAAGGACGUGCUGAAGGAAAUGGCCUCCCGUUUCGCCAAGGACGAGAAGGAGUUUUUAAAAACCAAACCGUCGGCGGAGGCUAGUGGAAAAUUCUACGCCAAGGAGCGCGAGUAUUUCGUGAAACAACAAGAGCUGCGCUACAAGUUCUUCUUCGAUCGGCACGAAGAGUGGUUUAAGACAUACGGCGAUCUGAUCGAAUACUGUCAGGAAGUGGCAAACCGAGAAGAAGAAGGCAGCAGAAUACACGCUAGUACCAAGACCUCCGAAGCCACGAAGCCGGAGGAAAAACCCGCAGCUCCGAGCGUGCUGGUCGCUGUUGAGGUGAACGGAACACAGUCUGAUCGCAAAUCGACGGCGAGCAGCAAAGCCAGCAGCGCUAGCAGCAUCGAAGGGAUUCGGAGUCGGCUAUCCACGCAAGAUGACCAGAAUUCGAUUGCUCUCAUUAGUGAGAAGCAACUGGUGCAAACCAAUCCCACAGAAACGGCGCCGUCGAACGAGCAUCGUUUGGCCGAAAUCGCUCAAGAAAACAUUGAAUACCUACCACAACGGGAAUGGCCGCAGGCUGAGCGUCACCACGAAAGCAUGGCAUAUGAUUUCCGACCGCGUGAGGCGUCGCCGGAGCGCGCAAGGACGGCUCUGCAGCUACAUCCAGCGCAGAACGUUGCGCAGCCUCAACCAGCCGUCGCCCGCGCACCACCAAAGUUUGGAUAUCAAGUGUUCCCACCAAUGGCUGCUGCCACGAACCCUAGCCCACUCCCCGUCUAUGCCGCCGAUCCAAAGCCUACACCGGCGGCUCGAACAGUUCCGGUGGUCGUGCCGUCGCCGUUUUCGGCCCAGGAUUACGGUGUCAGCCUCGAGGUAAACGAGGAUUACAGCCCGAGCGGCCCCGAUCAACUCUCCGUAGUCCGAGGAGACCGAGUCACCCUCAUCAAAUCGGGGAAUCGAGGAUGGAUUUUUAUCAAAGAGGCCAGCGGCAAUAGAACCGGCUGGAUCCCCGCUCAAUUUGCUUCGAAAGUC